GUUCAUUAUAAAGCAAUGUGGUUUUACAUUCAUGGUAAAGAUCAAAACCUGCAAAAAACAAAAUGAUUUCUCGUUCGGUGAUUAAUUGCAGUACCAAGCUUCUUAAAUGCAAUUCAGCCUUGAUUCAACUACCAUGGUGUCAGUAUCAUUCGGUUGCUUCACUUGAAUCAUGUAGUAAGCGAGAUCUUCUUGAUUUAAGUAAUCAUAAAGACUGGUUAAGCCCGACUGAAGUCAUCAAGAUUUUUGAAACCCUUCAUGAUCCCAAUAUAACUCUAAAUGUUUUUGAGCAACUAUCCAAGCGAAAAGAUUAUAAACCCAAUGAAGCUCUUUACACAUCUGUGAUAAACAGUCUUUCAAAAGCCAAAAACUUUGAUGGCAUUCAAGAAUUGAUGAAAAGAAUCAAACUUGAAAAAAGGUGUAGGCUUUCUGAUGAGUUUUUCUACAACGUCAUUAGAAUUUAUGGGUUAAGUGCUGGGAGGAUAAACCGAGUAAUCGAAACCCUUUUGGAUAUGCCCAGUUAUAGUUGUUGGCCAACCCCGAAGACAUUUAACUUUGUGUUAAAUUUGCUUGUGAACACUAAGAAUUUUGAUGUGAUUCAUAAGGUGUAUAUGAGUGCUGGGAGAUUAGGGGUUGAGAUUGAUGCUUGUUGUUUGAAUAUCAUGAUUAAAGGUUUGUGUAAAAAUGGAGACAUUGAUGCUGCACUUCAAGUGUUUGAUGAAUUUCCAAGGCAGGGUUGUAAGCGUAAUGUGAGGACCUUUUCGGCUUUGAUGCAUGGGUUGUGUGAAGCUAGUCGGGUUGAUGAAGCAGUUUUAUUGUUGGGUAAGAUGGAAAGUGAGGGGAUAGAGCCUGAUACGAUAUUGAUAAACAUACUGAUUUCGGGUUUAAGGAAGAAGGGUCGAGUUGAAGAGAGUGUUGAGCUUUUUAACAAAAUGUUGCUUAAAGGGUGUGAACCUAUUCCUAGCACCUACCAAGAGGUUUUGUAUGCUUUGAUCGAUGACAAAAAUUAUGUUGAGGCCCUGAAUCUAAUGCGAAAGAUGUCAUCCAAGAAGAUGGUUCCAAGUUUUGAGUCAUAUAAGUCAAUGAUCCAUGGCCUUUGUAAAGCAAAGCUGGUGGAGGACGUUGAUUUUGUUUUGAAGCAUAUGAUAGAAUAUGGGUUUGUACCAAAGUUAUCAAUGUGGAGGCAAAUCGUUCAGUGCGUACUCUCUAAGAAAACCACCAUUGACAUUGCUUAAGAAUCUACUUCAAAGUGAGCAUCAAAUAUUAACCAGAGUUUGUUGGAUUGACAACAGGUUACUGAGGGAGUCUGCCACAUUUAGUGGCGAAAUCAAAAGAUACUUGAGCUUAGUGUCCAUAGUAACUGUUUAUUCUCCAUGUUAGGAUUUAUGUUAAGCUUUUUUUUGCUUCAAAUUCCUACAGACUCACAUUUCUACUGCCAAGUAUUUUGGAAGGGCCUCAAAUGAUCAGGCUUGAUUUCUCAGUGUGGCUGAGGCUUCUCUGAAGUAGUUAAUUUUAGGUCGCAACAUAUAUCAAUCAUGGUGGUUAUGGUAGCACUGCUGGGAUUUCUAUGGAUUUUGAAUGUGGUACUCUUAAUUGAAAGAAUCCAAUCAUGGUAGUAAUACAUUGUGGUUUGGCUUCAUUGUUGAACCAGCAGGAGUAUGGAUCAGUAUUAUUUUACACGACUCUGUGAUAGGCUUAGAAAGAACAUGAAAUGUUUGCCGUUUGGGCUUUUAAUCACCAAUGUGUGUGUCUUCUGUAUCAUGGCAGCCUUGGCAACAAUGAGGCAGGAUGUGAUGGAAGAAGAUUUUGAUAUUGUGGCAAAUGGCACAUGGUUUGAUUUAUGUCAAUCAUUGUAUGGGCAUGUUUCAACCUUCAAUGGUGAAAUUGGAGCCAUGAUAGAGAGCAAGCAAUAUUGCCAAGCCUUUGUUAACGUCGUCACAACUGAUGUACCCGGUUCCUGUGUCGACUUAAGGCUGGUCAUAGACUCCCAGUUAGGUGAUUAGUCUUUAUAAUGCGAGUGAAUGGACUAUGCGCCUAUUCAAUGCAUAACACCUCCAAAGUUCUCGAGUCUUCUACCUUUAGGUUUGAACUUGAGUCAAGGCCAAUCUAGUUACUCAGCUGAGGUUGUGAGUCGAUGACGUGAUCCGAUGCAGGUCUACAACAUGAGGGCUGGUAAGUGAACCAUGGAACUAGUCAAUGUUGUGUAUCUAAAUGUGUAAUGAGGUGUGAGUGUGAUUAGGUGUAUCUAUCUGCUAAGAAACUGAAGCACCUCAAAAAAUGUUGCUGUUACAUAUUACAUAUGCCCUCAAAAAAUGUUGCUGUCACAUAUUACAUAUAUACUUGUGCCUGUACUAGACAUAUAUUUUCUUAAGAGCUAAUAGUUUUUGAAGGUAUCGAACUUUCCUCAAAUCCUUAAGCCUAACAUAGUGUAUUGUGACUAUAUGUUUAUUUUUUUAGUUUUAUAUAGUCCGAUGUUUUGACA